UAGGGAUGUUCAAAGCCGACCAAGGACAAAAGUGGCACCUCAAUAGCACGGCCACACUAUUGCACGCUGUCAGGUUAAGAGACAACAACACACAUGGAGGAAAUGCAAGGAGUUGUUACUGAUUUGCAGUGAAUUUGGACAUUGCAACUGCAAUAAGUCAUAAUAAACAUGUCUGCAAUUGAAUCCAACUUGCCCAUAUAUCCCCUCCCUAGAUUAUUUGUCUCUAAAUGGAUCCUGUAAAAGCACAGCAGUUAGCAGCUGAAUUGGAGGUGGAAAUGAUGGCUGAUAUGUAUAACAGGAUGACUGGUGCUUGUCAUAAAAAAUGUGUUCCACCACACUACAAAGAGGCUGAACUGUCUAAAGGGGAGAGUGUAUGCCUUGAUCGCUGUGUUUCUAAGUAUCUGGACAUCCAUGAGAAAAUGGGAAAGAAGCUUACUGAGCUGUCUCUGCAAGACGAGGAGCUGAUGAAAAAGAUGCAACAGGGCGUGACUUCGACAUAGUAACACUGCAAAUAGAAUUAAGGACUUUUAUGUUCAGUAUUACCAUAUUUUUAUGGUGAAAAAAACCACAAUUUUUGUUGAGUGUGUGGUAACUAAUCUGAAGGAAAGCUUUCCUAACUACUGGGCUUUUUAUUUCCUUUAACAAAGUGGCUGAGAGCAGUUUUUCAUCACAUAACAUUGCAGUCGUUGGAUUUUCACAAGCUGGAUAAUUAUCAUUGCCCAUUAAGUUUUCUUUUUUUAUAUCAGGAUGGCUGAUUUAUUGAAACUGUCCCAACAGUGUUCCAAAGAUUUUUGUUAUUUGUGCUGGUGAAUCUAAUCAAUUUAUUUCUAUUGGUCUAAUAUUGUAUGCUGUAAUAACAUUGAAAAGUGUUAAGGCUACAGUGCUUCAGAUAUUUGUUAUACCACACGGCUUGUUUUUUUUGUUUUUUUUUGCCCUUUGGAUUUCAGGUAGGAUUAUGGUUUAUAUUAGAUUACUUUCAGUGGAACAGUGACCUCUGCUGGUGAAAUAAACAUCAAAACCAUGUUAUGCUUCACUUUACCACACACUUCAAACAUGUCUCAAAUAAUUGGGGUACAUUUGUUUUGGAACUUUUUGUACAUUUGUUUCUUAUUCAAAAUUCACAAACUGCAAUAGAAAGCAUAUGCAAUUAAAUUAUUUUCUAUGUUAUACAAUAAAAGUUACCUUAUCUAA